AUGUAUGAACAGCGUUUGAGCGUUUGCGGUGCUGCGCACGAAGAAGCCUUACGUUGCUUAGAAUCAGAGCAUAAACGUAUUCUCGAAGAAAAGGAGAAUGAGCUGAAAACUGAGCUCACUUCGGCGCACGAUGAACUGAUUCGACUAAAAGAGGAGCUGAGCGAAGCUAAACAGAAUGCUUCUAAAAUUGUGAAAGAAAGCGCUGAAAUCUCGCAACUGGAGCAGAGUCUUUUAGAAGCUAAUAAUAGAUGCAGUGAGUUAGAGAAAGCGAAUCAAGGACUCCAAAAAAACAUUGAUGAGGCAUUUGCUCAGCUGUCGCAAAGUGAAAGAGCCCGAACUGAACUUGUCGCAUUGGUGGAACAGAAGCAUGCGGAAAGUGUGAAUUAUCAUGCCCAACUGCAGAUAUUACUUGCCGAAAAGGAACAGCAGAAUGCCGCCUUUUUGGCAUUCAAAGAAAGAGUAACUGUGCUGGAGCAAGAACUGAGCAGGUUUUCAUUGAUUUCAUGGAGUGCUGUUGCAAAAAUGUGA